AUGUCUCUUUUGCCAUACUUGUUCGAAGAUUGGCCUUACUCGCAACCCCGUCGCCUCGCCGACCAGCAUUUUGGCCUUGGUUUGGCACCAAGUGAUCUUCUAGCUGCAGCCGCUGGACCACUCCUGACGAGAGAAUACUACAGGCCCUGGCGUCACCUUGCUGCUGCUGCUAGGGAUGUCGGGUCCACCAUCAAGGCAGAUUCCGACAAGUUCCAGAUCAAUUUGGACGUUCAGCACUUCGCGCCAGAGGAAAUAACUGUGAAAACCGCCGACGGGUACGUUGUUGUUGAAGGUAAACACGAAGAGAAGAAGGACGAACACGGUUUCAUCUCUCGUCACUUUGUGAGGAAGUACGCUCUACCUGAUGGAACUUUACCAGAGACGGUCGAUUCGAAACUAUCAUCAGAUGGUGUACUCACGAUAACGGCACCCAGGACUGUUCCAGAAACUAUUAAAGGUGAGAGGAAGGUGCCCAUAGCGCAGACUGGUCCCGUCCGCAAAGAAAUUAAGGAUCAAAGCGAAGGCACAAAUGAUAAACCACAAUAA